GAGCCUAGACUCAGAAAAGUAUGUGUCCGCUCGCGCUCUUUGCCGUCUUUUUAGGACACAUGUUAUUUUCGUUGAAAGCUUCGACCCUUACCCACAAACCGAGAGUGACAUUGACAGACAAAGAUGUGAGCUUCCUAAGAAUCCAACUGUCUGGGAAUAACAGCCACAUAGAGCUCCUACAGGGCCCUCAGGACAACAUAGUAUAUGCUACAGGCCACAAAAACCUGUUCCGGACAAACUUCCACAGUUCUAAUACCUCUAGAAUGAGUCCUGUGUUUCGAGAGGGAUGUAGAAGUAAUGAUUCCACAUCACCAGACUGUCACUAUAACAUCACUGUUUUACACAUGACUAAAGAUCCAAACCAACUGUUCCUGUGUGGAACCAAUGGACAACAACACACAUUGUGCUGUUACAUGAACCCAUCAGACGACCCGUUUAACUGCACUCCAUCCAAGGGCAUCCAAUACAUUGGUCAACACAUAAAUGAAAGAGAGCCGUCGCUCCUCAUUGGUUCUUCUGGGGUAGAGGAGUUCUACACCACUCACUCAGGUACAGAGGGUUCCGUGGGGAUCAACAAGUUUGGGAAGAACAGGAUAUGGACAGAAAUGGACAGUGGAACAGAACAGAGAUAUGUGAGUUUGGUGGCUAGCGAGCAGAGAGAGGAUCGUCUGCAGGACAGACUAUAUGCUUUCUACAUAGAGAAGAACCGAGACCCGCGUUUGGACUCUGAUCUCUGGGUUCCUCGGGUUGCUCAAGUCUGCAUGGCCGAUCGUGGAGGACCUAAGGGCUAUCUGCAGUUCAGGUGGACCUCCAAGCUGAGUGCCAGGCUCUUCUGUGGAGACCAUGACAGCAGGCUGUCCUUCACCCAGCUAGUGGACGUGAACAGUGUUCUGGCAGAGAGGUGGCAGGAUACCAGGGUCUAUGCACUCUUCAGGAAUGGCUGGGGUAUGAGUGCUGUAUGUGUCUACACCGUAGAAGAUAUUGACCGCAUCUUUAAUACCUCCAACUUCAAGGGACACACGGGGUCCGUUCCAAGCCCACGACCUGGGGAGUGUGUUAAAGACAGUACUAAACUCCCCAUGGAAGUCCUGAAGAUGGUGGACAAGGUUUCAGAGAUGGAGGAGUGGGUCACCAGUAGGCCUCUCCUGGUCACUCACCACUAUUAUCACCACAUCUGCGUGGACAGAGUCCAAGGAAAGGGGAAUGUACUGUUUCUGUCUCUAGGGAAUGGAGGGAUUCAUAAGGUUCUGGAGAGGGAUGGUCAUGCCUUCAUCAUCGCUGAGUUACAACCUUUUAACUACAGAGCACACAUCCUCAGUAUGAUGUUGCACUCCUCCACGGGGAAGCUGUAUGUGGGCUCCAGCAGAGAGCUGGUUCAGAUUGACCUGGGCAGCUGUGAGCAGUAUGGAGCCCAGUGUGAAGACUGUGUCCUGGCCAGAGACCCUUACUGUGGCUGGGACGGCCAUCACUGCACCACAGCUACAAAUAAUACAAUUCAGGAUGUGGAGAACGGGAACCAUCAGGUAUGCAGCAACAUAUCCAGAGGAGUUACUGCAAGUAAAGUUUACUUUCUAAGGUCAUCAGUUGGCGCUGCAGAUGGAAUCAGAGUUUCUCAAUCUUCAAAGUACUUCCUCCAUUGCCCAACCUUGUCCAGCCACGCUGAGUACAGCUGGAGGCACCAUGGCAACACCACAGCAAGACCGUGCAUCUCCACAGGGUCAGAGCACCAGUGUCUCCUGCUAAUAGAGAGCAUGGGCCCUGAGCAGCAGGGAACAUACAGCUGUGUGUCUGAGGAGAGGGGCUACCACCGGACUCUGGUGCAGUACCAGUUACAGCUGGACAGUGGGGCCACAGGCCUGGCCUCUCACCACCUGCCCUGUCCUGGUCUGGGUCUGGUACUAACACUGGUCCUGACUUUGCUCUGUUAGCAUCGGCUCUAUGGACUCUCACCCCAGCCCUAUAACCAAGCUGACUUGACUUGGACAUCCCUGCACUUGUACUUUGGUCUUCCUUACACCCACGCUACCUCAAGAAUAGUUAAUGACAGUCAAGUGACCGAGCCAUUUCGCUGAGCCGUUUCCUUUGUUACUUUCACAAUCAAUUGGUAAAAAACAUAGCGCUGUAGAAGUUAAAGCUACUGCACUGGUGCAGUUAAGGAUUUAUUGGCUUUAUAUGUUUUAUAAUCAUGCUACGUUAUCCAAUAUGGAACUUUUCAGGGGUUUAAAAUAUUUUAUGUGAAAAUCUGAAUAUACAGUAUAUAUAGCAAAAACAGACUAAGUUUGUUACAUUUUAGAAAUCUAUUUUUUACUUAACUCCUAACUUUCUUGCUAACAGCAUGAUGGUUGUAAAUAUAUAUAGUACCAGUCAAAAGUUAGGACACACCUACUCAUUCAAGGGUUUUUCUUUAUUUUUACUAUUUUCUACA